CUCCAUGGAGAAUUCAGUUCCUAGAAUGAUGGAUGCAGCUAGUGUUAGUGAUGACAAAAAAGUGCCCCCCCCCAUCCCAUCACAGAGGUUAUUUCCCUUAAUGUUUGUUGUAGAACAUAGACUAUAAUGUUGAUUGUGGUGUUUUAUUCCCAAGGCUUUGGGGUUCAAAGUUCUGAACUCUCUCCACCAAAGUCUGAGUAAAAGUGAUGGCUAAGAUAGAUAUAAUCAUUUGAAUUGCCUUUCACAUGCUGCCUCAUCUUCCCCUUCUCUCCUGUUCCUUGGGGACAAACAAAUGAUAAAGACAGAAUUCCUGGACAAUCUUUCUUAGACUGAUUUCAGCUUUUUUUUUUUUUUAAAUUUCAUAUUCCUCCAGUCAUUGGGAUAAAAGUAUGGCAGAAUUCCUUAGAACAGUUUCUUCCUGUGCGUAUUAUUCUAGGCAAUUUCCAGUGCCUUCUUCUAAAGUAGUUUUUCUUUAUUGCAAAGGUCAGACAGAUAAUGAUUAAAUCAGGCACCACUUAAAAGUAGAUUUUGACCUCUUGAAAGUUGAAGAGUACCCAUUUAGAUCUAAGAUCAUUUACUUCUUUCCUGGGAAAGGCAAAGUAAUGUAGAUUUCAGAGAGAAGAGGGAAGAAUGUGAAAAGUUUGUGGCUCUACAGGGCAAAGUACAUUUAACUCAAACAUUCAGCUCUUUGGAGAACAAGCUCAGACUGACUUCUCAAACCCUCUCAGGAGGGCUGCGAAGGAGCAUGUCUUGGCCGGCUCCUUUUCUUUGCCUUUUGGUUUUCUUAUUAAUACUUACAGGAUUAGAUGGUGAAUCUGAGCAACAUGAACUGUAUCGGCAAAAAAGAAAUACCAACUACCAGCAACAGCCUCGUAUGACCUCAGAGAGGGGCAACUUAGUGUUUGUUACUGGAUCUGCCCAAAAUAUUGAAUUUAGGACUGGAACCCAGGGGAAAAUAAAAAUGAAUGAAGAAGACCUUGGUGAAUGCUUAAAUCAGAUCCAAAAAAACAAAGAUGAUAUUACAGAGUUAAAAAGAAAUAGCGUCGGUCUUCCUCAAAAUGUUUCAUAUGAAAUCACUCACCUCAAUCACCAGCUUAUGGAUCUUGAGAGGAGAUUUCAAAGCUUACAGCAGACAGUUCAAAGGAAAGUUUGCAGCAGCAACCCCUGCCAGAAUGGUGGGACCUGCCUCAACCUGUUGGACUCCUUUUUCUGCCUCUGUCCCCCAAACUGGAUGGGCCCCGUCUGCUCAGUGGAUGUCAAUGAGUGUAUGAUUUAUGCUGGAACACCCUUGAGCUGCCAUAAUGGAGCCACAUGCUUAAACACAGCAGGAAGUUACAGCUGUACGUGCAAGCCUGACAACUAUGGACCUCAGUGUGCCUCUGUGUAUAAUGAUUGCCAUGGGGGCUCGAAAGAGCUCUGUGUGCAUGGCAUCUGUGAGAACUUGGAGCGAGAGCAACCUGGGAAGCCUAAGUAUAGGUGCAUCUGUGAUGCUGGAUGGGCGCCAACGCCCAACAAUUCUUCUUGCACAGUUGAUGUAGAUGAAUGCAGUCUCCCCAACCCUCCCUGUUCCCAGAAUCCUUUGGUGGAGUGUUUCAAUACCCCAGGUUCUUUCUACUGUGGACCCUGCCCAGUAGGCUGGAAAGGAAGUGGUUACAGCUGCGAAGAUAUCAAUGAAUGUGAGACUGACAAUGGAGGGUGUUCUGUAGCACCCAUGGUCAAGUGCAUCAACACAGCUGGUUCCUAUCAGUGUGGCUCCUGUCCUCCAGGUUACCAAGGGAAUGGAAAAGUGUGUACCCCAAUGGAUAUCUGCUUAGAGAAUAAUGGAGGCUGCCAUCCACAUGCUUUAUGUACCCCUGGUUCAGGUUCUAUACCCACCUGCGUCUGCCAGGCAGGAUAUACUGGACAUGGUUAUGGACAGAAUGGAUGUGUCCCUCUCAGCCAUAUUUGCCGGAGUGACCCCUGUGUUAAUGGACAGUGCAUUGAAACAGUUUCUGGCUAUCAUUGUAUAUGUGAUCCAGGCUGGGAAGGCAUCAACUGCACAGAAAAUACCAAUGAAUGUUUGAGUAAUCCGUGUUUCAAUGGGGGCACCUGUACUGAUGACAUCAAUGGUUAUUCUUGUGAAUGUACAAGUGCCUGGACUGGCCCCCAGUGUCAGACUCCCCAGCAAGUUUGUGGAGGUUCUCUUUCUGGGCUUAGUGGAUCCUUCAGUUAUCCCAAUACACAGGUCAUGGGCUAUAAUGAUAAUAUUAACUGCUUCUGGGUUAUCCGAACAGAAGAAGGAAAGGUCCUGCAUGUUACUUUCCCACUUUUCCAACUAGAUUCAGUGGACAUGUGUCAUUCUCAGUUUCUUCAGAUUCAUGAUGGUGAUUCUUCAGGAGCAUAUCUACUUGGAAAAUAUUGUGGCUCUAGUCACCCUCCUGAACUGUUAUUGAGCAGUAAUAAUGCUCUGUACUUUUAUUUCCAUUCUGACCAAUCAGUGAAUAACAGAGUCUUCACAGUUAGAUGGGAAACUCAGCAACCUGAAUGUGGUGGUUUAUUGACUAAUACUUAUGGUUCCAUAAUCUCUCCUGGCUACCCUGGGAAUUAUCCUCCCAGCAGAGACUGUGUCUGGAUCAUUAGAACCAAUCCUGGCUUAGUUCUGACAUUUGCUUUUGGGACCCUCAGUCUUGAGCAACAUGCUAAUUGCAGUGGAGACUAUCUUGAAGUUCGAGAUGGUCCCCUGAAUCAUGACCCUGUGCUUGGGAAAUUCUGUAGCACCUUGUCAGAGCCACCUCUGCACACCACUGGUCCUUUUGCCUGGAUUCAUUUUCACUCUGACUCCACAGGGAGUGAUAGAGGCUUCCAUAUCACCUACAUCACUUCACUUGUGGAUCCUGAUUGUGGAGGAAAUUUCACAGAUGCUGAAGGGACCCUCGUGUCUCCUGAUUGGCCUGCUCCUUACAUUCACAACAGACAAUGCAUCUAUAUCAUUACCCAGCCUCCUGGUGAAAAAAUACAGCUCAACUUUACCCAGGUGGAGCUAGAAGGCCAGAACCACUGUCUCCAAAGUUCAGUUGAGGUUCGAGAUGGUGAAAUCUUACUCGAAAAAUUGUGUGACAGCAGGACUCAUGCCUCCAUAUACUCUAUUUCCAACAGUGUCUGGGUCAGGUUUAAGUCAGAUUCUGCAGUACAAAAGGCCAGCUUCAAGGCCAUUUACCAAGUUGCUUGUGGAGGUGAGCUAACUGGAGAAGGGAUCAUUCGUACACCAUUCUAUCCCAAUGCCUACCCUCAUGAAAAAACCUGCGACUGGAAAAUCAGUCAGCCCCAGGGCCAAGUCAUCCUCCUCAAUUUCACUGGUUUGCAGAUUGGGAAUUCUUCCAGUUGUGAAACUGAUUAUGUUGAGAUUUUAAACAGCCUCAGUAUGGACUCUCCUCAUAACAGAAAGUAUUGUGGCACAAACAAUCCUGGAUUGAUAACUUCCACGUACAGUACUGUCUAUGUCAGAUUCAAGAAAAGUAUCUCUUCUACAAAUUAUGGCUUCCUAGCUCAUUUCAGUGCUGCAGACUUGGAAUGUGGGGAAGUUCUUACUGCUCCAUCUGGAAAUAUCACCAGUCCUGGUCAUCCAGGUAUCUAUCCACAUGGUGUCAAUUGCACAUGGUUAAUCUCAGUCCAGCCUGGUUACCGAAUCCGGCUAGUAUUCCGAGCAUUUCAUCUGGAUUUCCAUUACAGUUGCACCACUGACUAUCUUGAAGUCUAUGAUGAUGGCACUGGGAUAAGUCUUGGCAGGUAUUGUGGAAAGUCAGUGCCUCCAUCACUCAUGAGCAGCGGGAACAGAUUGGUACUUCACCUAGUGACUGACUCUUCCAUAGCUUAUGAAGGCUUCUCAGUGGUUUAUGACUCAAUUGAAGCUUCAAAAGCAUGCUUGGAAGACCAUACAACUCAGUAUGGGAUGAUACAAUCCCCCAACUUCCCUGGGAAUUAUCCCAACAAUAUAGACUGCAUUUAUAGAAUCACGGUGGAAACAGGUCAUCAGAUUGCAUUGCACUUCACCAACUUUUCCUUGGAUGCCGCUGUAGGUACAUCAUGCAUUGAAGACUAUGUGGAAAUCAAAGAUGGAGGCCAUGAAGAGUCACCAUCCCUGGGAAUAUUCUGUGGAAUAAAUAAGCCUCCAAUGAUAAUCUCUCAUAGUAACAAAUUAUGGAUAAAAUUUAAGACUGAUACAUUUGGAUCAAGUUCUGGAUUCUCUGCCUUUUGGGAUGCAUCACUAACAGGCUGUGGUGGAAAUCUCACGGCUCCAAGUGGUGUCUUCAUGUCUCCCAACUAUCCAAUGCCAUACUUUCACAGUUCUGAAUGCUUUUGGUUGCUGAAAUCCAGCAGAGGAAGUCAGUUUGAAGUCACGUUUGAAGACUUCCACUUGGAAAACGAUUCAAACUGCCGUUUAGAUUUUUUGGCUGUCUACGAUGGUCUGACUGCUGAUGCUAAUCUCCUGGCCAAGCUUUGUGGCAAUGAGAUACCGCCAUUGAUCCGCUCCAGUGGAGAUAGUCUCUUGUUAAAACUGCAAACAGAUGAGCAGCAGCAGGGUGGUGGUUUCUUAGCCAAAUAUCAGCAGACUUGCCAGGAUGUGGUGAUUGCCAAUCUUUCUUAUGGCAUCCUAGAAAGCAUAAAUUAUCCAAAUCCCUAUUUUGGAAAUCAGCGUUGCAACUGGACCAUCCAAGUAACAGCUGGCAACACAAUAAACUAUACUUUUUCAGCAUUUGAACUGGAAGAUCAUAGAAACUGUUCUGUGGAAUAUUUAGAGCUGCAUGAUGGACCUCAACUGAUAGCCCGUUACUGUGGAGCAGAAAUCCCCCCUGCCGGCACUACCACAGGGUCCAAGCUGCAUGUGCUCUUCCAUACUGAUGGAGUGGGCAACAACGAAAGGGGAUUCCAGAUGUAUUGGAACCUCAACGGUUGUGGUGGGGAGCUGAAUGGACCUACUGGCUCCUUUAGUAGCCCUGGGUACCCAGGUAACUACCCACCCAAUAAGGAGUGUAUCUGGUACAUCCGCACAGCCCCUGGGAGCAGUAUUCAGCUCACCAUUGAUGACUUCGAUGUAGAAUACCACUUAAACUGCAGAUAUGAUGUCCUCGAGGUCUAUGGUGGCCCUGAUUUUCAUUCUCCUAGAGUGGCUCAGUUGUGUUCUUCCAGAUCAAGAGAUAACCCACUACGGGUGUCAAGCACUGGAAAUUCAGUGGCAAUCAGAUUCAAGACUGACAACAGCAUAAAUGGGAGGGGUUUUAACGCCUCAUGGCAAGAAAUCCCUGGAGGUUGUGGAGGAAUUUUCCAGGCUUCCAGUGGAGAAAUCCAUUCUCCAAACUACCCCAAUUCUUACAGGAGCAACACAGAUUGUACCUGGGUUAUUCGGGUGGACAGAAACUAUCAUGUUCUCUUAAACUUCACUGACGUUGACUUUGAACCUCAAGAUGCAUGUAUUACUGUCCAUGAUGGUUCAAAUGCAGCGUCUGCUCGUAUUGUCAACGUUUGUGGAAGACAGCAACCUGCCCCUGUCGUCUCUUCAAGAAAUACCCUCUUUGUGAGAUUCCAGUCUACCAGUGCCAACCAGAACAGAGGCUUCAGGGCUCGAUUCAUAGAAGCCUGUGGAAGCUUCAUAGUCACUGAUUCUAUUGGUUCUAUUUCCUCACCUUUGUUCCCGGCCAAGUACCAAAGCAACCAGAACUGCAGCUGGAUAAUUCAAGCUCAACCUCCAUUUAACCACAUCACCCUUUCUUUCACUCACUUUGAACUUGAAUCCAGCACCAACUGUUCCCGAGACUUUAUAGAAAUUUUGGACGGAAGUGACUAUGAUGCCCCUCUCCAAGGCCGAUACUGUGGCAGAACUAUGCCACUACCUAUCACGUCUUUCAGCAAUUCCUUGAUAUUAAAGUUCAUCUCUAAUGCUAAUGCCAAUUUUGAGGGCUUUCAUGCUACUUACGCCGCAUCGUCAUCAGCUUGUGGCGGUACUUUCCAUAUGGCAGAAGGCAUCAUCAACAGUCCUGGCUACCCAGAUAUUUAUCCCCCCAAUAUGGAAUGUAUCUGGAACAUCCCUAGUUCCCCUGGAAACCAACUGCAGCUGUCUUUCAUAACUUUCCAGUUAGAAGAAAAUGAGGACUGUACCAAAGAUUACCUGGAGAUCCGUGAAGGAAAUGCCACAGGGCACCUGGUUGGACGGUAUUGUGGACACUCUUCAUCCUUCAAUUACACAUCAAUUAUUGGACAAAACUUGUGGAUCAAAUUUGUCUCGGAUGGUUCAGGCAGUGACAUAGGCUUUCAGGCCACAUUUGUCCACACAUUUGGCAAUGAUAAUAUUGUAGGAUCUCACGGGAAAAUUGCUUCUCCAUUAUGGCCCAGAAAUUACCCUCAUCACUCUGAUUAUCGCUGGACAGUGAAUGUGAAUGACUCUCAAAUUAUCCAUGGCACAAUCCUGGAGAUGGACCUAGAAAAGUCAUAUGGCUGCUAUUUUGACAAAUUAAUGAUCUAUGAUGGUCCCAACAUUCACUCCCGACUUAUUGGAACUUACUGUGGGACACAAACAACUUCCUUCACCUCCAUUCGAAACUCUAUUACAUUUCGGUUCUUCUCAGACUCUUCCAUCUCAAGAAAGGGAUUUCUUUUGGAGUGGUAUGCAGUAGAAUCUCAUUUGAGACCUGCUGCACCUACCAUUGCUACAGGUGCUUGUGGUGGUUACCUAAGAAGUGGGGAAGCUCCAGGGUUCUUUUACUCUCCCAGGUGGCCUGAAAAUUAUAACAAUGGGGCCGAUUGUAGUUGGGUCAUCCAUGCCCCAGAUUCCACUGUUGAGCUCAACAUUCUUUCCCUGGACAUCGAAUCUCAACAGUCAUGUACCUAUGAUAGGCUUGUGAUCAGAGAUGGAGACAGUAAUGCUGAUCAGCAGCUGACUGUCCUUUGUGGGCGAGAAGUUCCCGGACCCAUCAGAUCUUCUGGGGAGUACUUGUUCAUUCGUUUCACAUCUGACUUCAGUGUAACUGGUGCAGGUUUUAACGCUUCUUUUCAUAAGAGUUGUGGUGGCUAUUUACAUACAGGCAGAGGGGUCAUUACAUCUCCUAAUUACCCUGAAACCUACCCUCCUAAUCUCAACUGUUCUUGGCAUGUCCUGGUUCCAAGUGGUCUUACCAUUGCUGUCCACUUUGAACAACCAUUUGAGAUUCCCAAUGGAGAGCCUUCAUGCAAUCAUGGUGACUAUUUGGUGAUGAAAAAUGGCCCUGACAAUUCGUCUCCCGCUUUGGGACCCAGGGAAGGAAAUGGCCGUUUCUGUGGCAACACUCCCUUCUCCACUCUCUACACCACGGACAAUCAGAUGUUUGUUCACUUUGUUUCUGAUAACAGUGAUGGAGGCCAAGGGUUCAAGAUCAAGUAUGAGGCACAGAGUUUAGCCUGUGGUGGCAACAUCUACCUCCAUGAUUCCAACACUGACGGCUACGUGACUUCACCCAAUUACCCUGACAACUAUCCAGCGCAUGCUGAUUGUAUUUGGACCAUAUCUGUUCCAAGUGGAAGGCUCGUAAAGCUUCAGUUUGAAGAUCACUUUAAUAUUGAAAUAUCCACCAACUGUACUUCCAAUUACCUUGAAUUGAGGAAUGGUGGGGAUUCUGAUGCACCAAUACUCUCCAGAUUUUGUGGAACAUCUUUGCCCAGCAGUGUAUUGUCCUCAGGUGAUGCCAUUUACUUACGGUUUCGAACUGAUGACAGUCCCACCCAUAUUGGAUUCAAGGCCAAGUAUUCUAUAGCUUCCUGUGGAGGAAUGGUCAUGGGACAGAAUGGUGUGAUUGAAAGUCCACAAUAUUUUGAGCAUCCCUAUCCUGACUAUCUGCUUUGUGAAUGGUUUCUCCAGGGUCCAUCAGGGCACUAUCUCACUCUUCACUUUGAUGUGCUGAAUCUUCAAAACUCUUUCCAUUGUGAAAAGGACUUUGUAGAGAUCCGGGAGGGCGAUGAAUCUGGAAAUGUCCUGGGCAGGUACUGUGGAAAUACCAUUCCUCUGGCUAUUGACACUUCUAAUAAUUUUGCUUUCGUCAAGUUUGUCACAAAUGAAUCAAUCAGUGCCCCAGGAUUCAGACUGGUCUUUGAAGCCAGCCCUGAUGAGUGUGGAGGGGAUAUAUAUGGACACACUGGGAUAUUCACUUCUCCCAGAUACCCUAAUGCAAAUUCUCAUAGUCGAGUAUGUGAAUGGAGGAUCACUGUGCCAGAAGGAAGAAGGGUUACUCUGACUUUUAAUGACUUGAGGCUGGGCAACCAUCAAUUGUGUGAUAAUGAAUAUGUGACAGUUUUCAACGGCAUUAGGAGCAACUCACCCCAACUAGAGAAACUGUGUAGUCACGUGUUCACAAGGAAUUCAAUAGAAUCUUCAGGGAAUACAAUGAGAGUUCUGUUUGUCACUGAUGGAUCCAGACCCUAUGGUGGCUUCAGUGCCUCCUAUACAUCAAGUGAAGAUGCAGUGUGUGGUGGGCUACUUACAGCUCCCAUUGGAGGCAUCUUUACUUCUCCUGGUUAUGAUGGGGUUACAAACUAUACAAAGAACCUGAACUGUGAGUGGACCAUCAGCAAUCCAAAUGAGCAUAACUCAUCUAUUUACAUUUCCUUUGAGGAGUUCCAUCUAGAGGACCACCAAGCCUGCCACUUUGAUGCCUUGGAGUUCAGAAUAGGAAAUGCUGAUGGGCCUCUAAUAAGGAAAAUAUGUGGACAAUCAGUACCCACAGUGCCCUUUGCCAUACCUUUUUCUCAGAUCUGGGCACACUUUGUAACCAACGAACUUGUGGAAAACAAAGGCUUCAGUGCUCAUUACUCCUUCACAGACUGUGGUGGCAUACGGAUAGGUGAAGGUGGAGUGAUCACUAGCCCAAACUAUCCAGCCACAUAUGGAAGUUUGAACCAUUGUUCUUGGUUAUUGGAAGCUCCACAAGGUCACACUAUCACUCUUUCUUUUACAUUCUUUGAUAUUGAAAGCCAUUCCCAGUGUAAGUGGGACUCUGUCACUGUCUUAAAUGGAGGUUCUCCAGGAUCUCCUGUUGUGGGGCAUUAUUGUGGAGCAAGAAUCCCCAGGCCCAUUCAGUCUGGUUCAAAUCAACUAAUGGUCAUCUUUAAUUCAGACCGUUCUGUACAGCAAGGGGGUUUUUAUGCCACGUGGACCACACAGACUUUGGGCUGUGGUGGGAUACUUCAUUUUGACAAUGGUACAAUCAAGUCUCCUUACUGGCCUCAACAUUUUCCUGAGAACAGCAGAUGUACCUGGGCAGUCAUUACACAUGAAAGCAGACACCUGGAGAUUAGCUUUGACAAUAACUUCCUGAUUCCUAGCAGUGAUGGACAGUGUCAAGACAGCUACAUAAAGGUUUGGGCAGGGGCUCGGGAAACAGAAGCAGCCCUGUUGGCCACUGCUUGUGGAAACGUGCCUCCCAGUUCCCUCAUUGUUCCAAGAAAUAUCUUCACUGCAGUGUUUCAAUCCCAGGGUGCCCCAGGACAAGGCUUCUCUGCAUCAUUCAUAAGUAGAUGUGGGGCUAACUUCACAAGCCCUUCUGGGUACAUUGUUUCUCCCAACUAUCCAAGUCAGUAUGAUAACAACAUGAACUGCAACUAUAUCAUCAAGGCAGAACCACAAGAAAUGGUCAUCUUAAAUUUUCAGUCUUUUCACCUAGAAGUGCCCUCAGAAUUAAGUGGAGGUUGUAUCAAUGAUGGAAUAAAAAUUAUCCGAGGUUACCAGGCAUCCUCCACACCCACUGCUACAUUUUGUGGUAAUGAAAUUCCUGAAAGCAUAAGUGUUUCUGGCCCGAUGACACUCCACUUCUACACUAAUUCUCAUAACACAGACUUUGGAUUCAAAGCAACGUAUAGAAAAAUCCCAUGUGGUGGCAGGUUCAACUCCUCCUUUAACAUCAUCAGAAGCCCUGGUUAUCCACAAUCAAACUACCCCAACAAUAUGGACUGCUCUUAUCUCAUCACUGUUAGAAACGAUAAAGUAAUAGAACUCAAGUUCAGUGAUUUCACUGUGGCUCUGUCCACCUUCUGUUCCCAAGACUACUUCGCUGUGUACGAUGGCCCAAAUACCAGUGCUCCCCUUCUUGGCAAAUUCUGUGGCUCGCAGCUUCCACCAAAUAUCAAAAGCACCGAUAACAGCCUGCUCCUGGUGUUCAAGACGGACGUCUUUGAAACAGCGAAAGGCUGGAAGUUGUCUUUCAGAGAGACUUUGGGACCUCAGCAUGGCUGUGGAGGUUAUCUGACAAAUUCAAGUUUCACCUUCGCUUCUCCCGAUUCUAAUGCUGAUGGCAAAUACGACAAGAACUUAAACUGCGUGUGGGUCAUAGCAGCCCCUGUCAACAAAGUAAUCAAUUUGACCUUUACGACAUUCUUUCUGGAAGGACAGUCUUCUUUUCGAGGAUGCAUUUAUGAUUAUGUAAAGGUGUAUGAUGGUGAUAGUGAAAAUGCCGAUUUGGUGGGCACAUUUUGUGGUUCCACUCUACCUGCUCCUUUUAUCUCUAGAGGCAACUUCCUUACAAUUAAAUUUGUCAGUGAUUAUUUUGUAGAAAUGGAAGGAUUCAAUGUGACAUAUGCCACCUUGGACUUACCCUGCGGAGGAACAUUCAAUGCCACGUUGACCCCACAGACCGCCACUUCGCCUCAUUCUCCAGAUCCUCUUUUCCCACUGUCUGUUUGUACUUGGGUCAUUGAUGCACCUCCCCAGCAGCAAGUCAAACUGGUAAUAGAGGCAUUUCAGCUCCACUCUGAGGACUGCUCCCAGAAUUACCUGCAAAUUCAGGACUCCCCAGAGAAUGAUCAGAACCCUGUGCAUAAAUUUUGUAGAAAUGAUGCAUCUGCUGUACCUGAAUUUUAUUCUUCUCAUAGAACUGCUAUUGUGGUUUUCAAAACACAAGAAUUCCAGAGUGACAGUAAAGUCAGGUUUACCUAUCAAGUCGCAGAUUGUAACCGAGAAUAUAAUCAAGCAUUUGGCUAUCUGAAGAGCCCCGGCUGGCCAGAGAACUAUCCCCAUGACUUGGACUGCUCCAUCAUUCUUAGAGCCCCACAGAACCACUCCAUCACUCUCUUCUUCCACUCGUUCAGCGUGGACUCCACAAGCGAAUGCAGAGACGACUUCCUAGAGAUAAGAAAUGGGAAUGAUAGAAGCUCCCCACUACUUGGCAAGUACUGUGGUUCUCAGCUUCCCAAUCCCAUCUUCUCUAAAAAUCAUCUUCUGUAUCUACGAUUCAAGAGUGACGCUAUCCACUCAAGUCAUGGAUAUGAAAUCCUGUGGACUUCAUCCCCAUUUGGCUGUGGCGGACCUCUCUAUGGGGAUGCCGGCUCUGUUACGAGUCCAGGCUACCCCGGGACCUACGGGAACAACACUCACUGCGAAUGGACCCUCACUGCCCCUGCUGGAAGGACUCUCACAGUCACUUUUUAUUUUGUCAGCAUUGACGAUCCCGGAAACUGUAUCCAGAACUAUCUGAUUGUGUAUGAUGGGCCUGACGCCAGCUCUCCUUCCUCUGGACCCUACUGUGGAGCGGAUACAGAGAUAGCACCAUUUGUAGCCUCUUCUAAUCGUGUCUUUAUAAUAUUCCAUGCCGACUAUGCAGUUUCCCCAUCAGCCUUCCGAUUAACCUGGAGCAGUUAGAGUCCAGUGCCACUCUUUUUAGUUGGCACUUUGGUUCUACUGAAGAGAUAAUCAGUUCAUAAAGUAUUUGACAAAAUGCUGCCAAUGUAAUAACUUAGAAUUGAACAUUAUUUAUUGUGAAAUUUGGUUGUUGGGAACCACUUGUAGUCCCCCCCCCCCAUGGGAAAAUAUUUGUGCACUAUUGAACACAAAGCAAAUCUCCCAGAGUUUUGGUUAUGUUUCAUUUUAAAUUAUGUUUCAUAAAUUAAAAUGUCCCUUAAAUGUUUAUAUGAAAGAUGUGUGAAAAUUGUUUUAGAAAUGAAAAAUAAAAAAGAAUAGAAAUGUUGCCAUUAAAAAUGUUAAUUAUGAGAAAAUAAACAUAACAGAAUUUAACAA